AUGCCGUUUACUCUCGACGACUACUAUCCAGCAGACAGCGUCGAGGCCCAGUCCUGGCUCUUUGUCCAGAAAUACACGCACACUCACCAUGUAACAUGGAAACACGUCGCCUAUGCCGCCAGAUACGACGCCCUCUUGUCCUUUUUCCGCUCCCAUUCAACCCUCCGUGUCCCCAUUUCGCCAACAACGGGGACAACCGUCUCAAACGAAGAAGACGACGUAGAACACGCUGCACGCACAAGAAGUGAUAGCGCAUAUAGCUCAAGUUCCAUCCUCUCCACAUCCUCGCACGCCUCGUCGUCGACAUCCUUUUCCACACCCUCGCCAGCCUCUCGCAUCUCAUCACUACCCAUUAUCGACCCUCAAUCCAUCCCAGCUUCGUCAGCAUCCUCUAUUGCUUCGUCAUCCAGUGCACCCUCGUCAAACUCGAAUGAUUGUCGCGAGAAAUUGUACACGACACCCGACUCGAGCAACAUUAUUUAUAUCCCCCCACGCACCCUCGCAGAUCUCACAGACGUCUUGGGAAGAUUAGCCAUGAGCUACAUGCUCACGCACAUUUCCUAUCUCCGCGAAUCUCUCAAGGGUUCCGAUUUCAGUACAAUGAAAAAGAUUGCCCUCGGCGGUCUUAGGGAGCUCAUGCUCAGGGAAAGCACCAACACACGUUUGACCGAGACCAUGGACGCACGCCCUGCCCAACGAAGAUUGUCGACGGACAGCCAAGAGAGGAGAAAUGUCGGUCAGGAUUGGCUCCGUCUCUUUGAUGGGAGGGAUGAGUGGGAUGGCAAGACACCCACACUCGAUCUCAGAGGCAGUCCGCCUGCGCUCUCAAGACCACAACCACUCCCCAGAUCAAACCCCUAUCCACGGCAAGAGGUUCAUCGUGGAGGCGUCAAAGUAUGA